ACGAUCAUGUAUCAAUCACUUGAACAAAAUAGAUUUUUAUAAACCUGCGACAGUUCCUUUGAAGUUUUAGUAGACUAGAACACCAGUGAUUGCAAUUAAUAGAUAAUUGAUAGUUGCAGUGAUGCGACUAUCAAUGAAAAAAGUCAAAAUAUAUUUUUUACUAUAAAAAAAUCCUCAUGUGAAUUUAUCUCAAAGAAAGAUGGUGAAUGUCCAACUGGUCUUACUGGGAGUUGUUUUACCAAUUUGGGGUGGCUAUAUUCCACCAGGUCCACGGUAUACAUGCCCUAAAGAGCUUCUCUACAUCUAUCCGUGCUCAUGUACUAAAGGAAGUGACUCAGGUCUAUAUAUAAGAUGCGAAAACACAAACCUAGCCAGUUUGAGUCUGGCUUUUUCAAAUUUGGGCAACGAAGCCGCCCCGAUUGAGGAACUAACCCUCUACAAAUGUAACAUAGCGAGGUUUUACGGUCCAGCACUUUAUCCGUUGGACGUUCGCGUGCUGCGAUUCAUCGAUACUCCGCUUAAGUCUAUUGAGGAGCACAGCUUUCUCGGAGUUAAUAGAACACUACAAGAAUUGUAUAUCGAAAGAAGCGAACUGGAACGUUUUCCACGUGAAGCGCUUCAAAUAUUAGGAAAUUUAUCGAUUAUGAAAAUAAUGGGACACAAAUUAACGUCAUUAGCUGGCAACAGUUUUAGCGGGAGUAUGCUGCCGGGAAAGCUGGAGAAAUUAGAAAUUAGUGACGGUUUGCUGUCGGUAUUACCAGCGGAUGCAUUGAUACCAUUGAAGAAAUUGAAAUCACUCGAUUUGCAUGGUAACAAAAUCGUUGAAUUGAAACGGAACCAAUUCAAAGGUUUGCGGGACACAGAAUUCUUAGAUCUGUCCCACAAUUUGAUCAACAAAUUAGAUCCCUCCCAUUUGGCGGAUUUGACCAAAAUGGGAUCCUGUAAUUUGUCCCACAACGCGAUCGGUGAACUGAAACGCGGAACGUUUGCACGAAACACUGUUUUGAAAGUUUUGAACCUCAGUCACAACAAAAUACGAAAAUUAGACUCUAAUACAUUCAGAGGAAUGCGAUUUUUACGCAGGCUUUUUUUGAGCGACAAUCAAAUAAAUGACGUAGGCCGCGGUACUUUCGGUUCCAUAACCCGGAUCGGAACGAUCGAUUUGGCGAGGAACCAGAUCAAGAGAAUUGACUACCAGAUGUUCAACCAACUGCAGUUUUCUGAUUUGGUGGACGUUUCGGAAAACCAGGUCACUGUAAUCGAAAAGCUGGCGUUCAAAGACUUGUUCUUGACCAAGAUCAACUUGUCCCACAACGCAAUCGACAAAAUAGAAGCUGGGGCUUUUGAAAACUGUGCCAACAUCACUCUACUGGAUUUGAGUUACAACAAAUUAGAAAAUAUUGCGAGAACCGCUUUUGAUAGCGCGACUUAUGCCAUGGAAUUGCAGCUUAGCUACAAUUUGCUCACUGCAUUGAACCAGGUUCCGCUUCACAACAUGACGGGUUUGAAAGUUCUGAACGUUUCCCACAAUAACAUCGCCUCGAUACCUCGACAAACAUUUCCCAAACUCUACGAGCUCCACACGAUUGACAUUUCCUACAACAAUCUAUCAGAAAUCCACUCGGCGAUUUUCCAGACCCUCUUCAGCCUGAGGUUUCUCAACAUGUCUCACAAUUCGUUGGAGAAAAUAAAGUCAUCGACUUUCGGGUCACUUCCCACAGUCUUGGAAUUGGACUUGAGUUACAAUAAGCUGAGAGAAGUCUCCAGAGGAAGCUUAGCCAAAUUGGCGAGUUGUCGUACGUUGACUGUGAAGAACAACAACCUGAAUAAGAUCUUCGAACUGCCGAUUUCUUUGGGCCACUUGGACUUUUCGGAGAACGAGUUGACGGAGAUACCGGCGAUUGAAGUCUGGCCGCCGAUGAAUUCGCUUCUUUCAUUGGAUUUGUCGCGGAAUCAGUUGGGUGACAAUUUGCAGCAUGGGAGUUUCCAACCCCUGUUGACCCUCAGGAUUCUGAACCUCGAAAGCAACAACAUCACACGUCCACCUUGGGCAGCAUUGAGCACGUUGACCAGUCUUCAGUAUCUCUACAUGCAGGACAAUAAGCUGACCAGUUUGGACAAAGCAGCUUUUGGGCUCCUGCCGAUCGUCUUUGAGCUUCAUCUGGCGAACAACAAAAUCCAUACGAUAAACCGGCGGGCGUUUGAAGGCCUACUGCAGCUGUUAACACUCAAUCUAACUGGUAAUAACCUGACGUAUAUUCCUAACGGAGCGUUCCAGGGUCUGGUAUCUCUGCGUACCCUCGAUCUUUCCAACAACAGAUUGGAGAAACUUGAUAACAAGACACACGGAUUACUCGACGAUUGCUUGUCGUUGGAAACGAUAAAUCUGAGUAACAACAGAAUAUCGUUUAUUACAAGAAAAACAUUUCCGAGCGAUCCAUGGCGGCCUUAUCGGCUCAAGCAAAUUGAUCUUUCUUACAAUACUAUGCCUGUUGUUACCUUCGAUCUGACUACUGGUACCAAGAAAGUUGUUUCUUUGAACCUCAGCCAUAAUAACAUCAAUGAGAUACGGAGAUAUGUUCUCGGGAACUUAACAUCCCUCCAGACACUGGAUCUAUCGCACAACGACCUGAAUGACCUGUCAGAGGAGUACGUUUUCGAGCCGCCCGAGAAUCUAAGCUCCCUAUACCUGAGCAACAAUCACUUCAGCCACCUGCCGAUGGACAAAAUCCUAAAAAUGCCAAACCUCAAACUCCUGGACCUAAAAAACAACGAGCUCGGUAAUUUCGACUCGAAUUACAUGAAAAUAGUAAAAAAUAACACCGAUCUGAGGUUCGGAGGGAAUCCAUUGCAUUGCGAUUGUUACGCCCGGCCACUUCGUAGAUGGCUCGAGACCUUGACGGAAAUUCCAACCAAGUGGUUGGACUUGACCUGCGCGAGUCCAGAUUACGUUGCCAAUAAACCUCUUGUCGACGUUGCUGAAGAGUUGAUGACGUGCGGGGAACGUGAAAUACACGAUAAUACCGAAUUGGAAAUAACACCGGACAUUAAAUUCCGCAAUAUCGAACACGACGAAGAAGAGAAUUCGUGGAAGGUUACGUGGUACGUGACGUCCCGAGGGGAUGUUGGUGAUUUUUAUAUCGUCGUUCGCGAAGUAGGAGGCAAUAAACCGCUUUUAGAAAAGGAUCUUGUAUACAAAGAGAGAUCUUUUAAGAUGAAAGAUUUGCCGGAAUCGAUGAAUAUCAAAUACGAGCUAUGUGUACUUGCAAGAGAUUCUAUCGGCAAUGUCAAGCACUUUAGAAGUUCUCAGUGUCAGUUGCUUAACAAACGACCGAUUAUAUCGUCAAACUCAUCAGCGUUAACCGGCUACCUGACUCUAACACUCGUUACCAUUACUCUAAUCGCUGUGAUGUAAAUAAUCUGUAUAUUAUUAUUUGUUAACAAAAUAUGUAAUUUAA